AUGGAGGCGGCCCAAAGACCAGUGAUGAUCUUGUACUUGCUGUUAGAGAGCGACUCCACAAACUUUUCUGUUGGAGACAAGCGGGCCCAUCUUCUAUGUUCUUCCAGAACUUUGCGUUGUUGGAACUCCGACGAGUACAUCUCGUUGUCGAAUUUGGUGGAUGCCAAUUCCGCAUUCACAGCUGUGGUGAACGCUGGCGGCAUGAUGGCGGUUGCGGUUCUGAUAGACCAUGGUAAUUUGAACAGCUUUGGAUAA